AUGGUGCCACUCACAAUAUCCAAGCCGACCUUUGAGCAUCACUAUGAUGGUAUUGGAAUCGGCCAAUCCAAACCUCGGAUAUCUUGGCAAUUCCUCACAUCUCAGCCGUCUGAUGUGCCGUCGAACUGGACCCAGAAGGCAUACGAUAUCGAAGUCACAUCUUUCCCUACACCAACUCGACCCCAAGGAGAGACUACUACAUACCAUGUCGAAAGUGAACAAUCUGUUCUUGUACCAUGGCUGGCAGCAGCACUUCAAUCUCGAGAAAGGGCUACAGUGAGGGUUCGUGCAUACGGUGCAUCUGACUCGGAACCAACAGACUGGUCACUACCUGCCACUGUCGAAACUGGUUUACUCUCACCCAAUGACUGGGCUGCUUCAUUCAUAACUCCAGCUUCACAUCAUGGACCAGAAGCGCCACUUCAGCCUAUUCGCUUUCGAAAAGAGUUCACCACUCCUGAUCACUUCUCUCAGCAACAGGCAUCAAAGUGUCGAUUAUACAUCACAGCCCUCGGGGUGUUCAACGUCUAUAUCAACGGUCACCUCGCAAGUGACGAGUGCAUGGCUCCAGGCUGGACAAGCUAUCAGCAUCGCCUGGCGUACCGGACCCUUGAUGUCGGGCAUUAUCUGAACCUUGAGCCAGGCUCUCGAAACGUAAUCGCUGCGGAGGUUGGUGAGGGUUGGUUUGCUGGCACUCUCGGCUUUAGAGGUGGGACUCGCUUCAACUAUGGUGGUAAGGAGCUUUCUCUACUUGCCCAGCUUGAGAUCACACAUGACCCCAAGGAACAACCGUGGAGACUUGUGACAGAUGACAGUUGGAAGUGUACACCAAGUCCUGUUGUCAGCAGCGAGUUGUAUAAUGGUGAAACCUAUGAUAACCGUCUCGAGUGCGACAGUUGGAACAGAAUUGCCUCAGAAGGGGCCAAAAUUGGUGCCGGCUUUGUCUCAUUUCCUACAAAGGUAUUGGGAAGGAAGCCUGCGGAGCGCUUGGUUGAAUCUGAGGUCCCUCCUGUUCGAGUCAAGCAAACUAUCAGACCGUCACAUGUGUUUAAAUGCAGCACUGGAAAGACAAUCAUUGACUUUGGUCAGAACCUAGUAGGGAAACUUCACAUCAAGUCCUUGGAACUCCCUGCUGGCGCGACUCUGACAUUGAAGCAUGCCGAGGUCAUGGAGCAUGGUGAACUUGGCUCUCGCCCACUCAACCAUGCCAAGUGCACAGACACGAUCAUAGCUUCAGGCAAACCAAUAACAGACUGGACUCCAAAGUUUACGUUUCAUGGGUUUCGCUACGUACAGAUUGAAGUCUUUGGUGCCAACGCAGAACCUCUUGAUGCGGAAUCUCUCGUUCGUCUUGGUGACGACGAUGCGAAUGUCGAAGCACUUGUCAUGCACAGCGAUAUGACAAGACGAGGUCAUUUUAGAUGCUCCAAUGGCUCUAUCAACAAGCUUCAUGAGAAUGUGGUCCGGUCGAUGAAAGGUAACUUCCUUUCCAUACCAACAGACUGUCCUCAACGCGAUGAAAGGCUUGGUUGGACGGGUGAUAUCCAGAUAUUCUGUCCCACAGCGUCAUUCCUCUACGACACAACCGGAUUCCUCUCAGGAUGGCUUGAUGAACUAGCUGCUGAGCAAUUGCUAGAGGAUGGCCCAGAUGGUGUCCCCGGUUUGGUAUGCCCGGAUGUUCGUCUUCCCGGCUGGCCGAAACGAAUGCCACAAGCACUUUGGCACGACGCUACUGUUAUUGUACCAUAUUCAUUGUAUACAAGCAGUAGCGAUUCUAAUCUGCUUGAGAAGCAGUUUGAGAGCAUGCGUGCCUGGCUGGAGCAAGGUGUUGAUAGAGAAGGAGGCGAUGGGUUAUGGAAUCCAGAUCGGUGGCAGUUCGGCGAUUGGCUCGAUCCCACGGCACCACCAGAUCAGCCGGGAUAUUCGAGAACUGACUCAGUCAUGGUGGCUGAUGCGUAUCUAGUUCAUGUUACGUCUGUGUUCGCCAAAGUUUGUCGGCUAUUGAACAAGCUCGACCUAGCUGACAAAUACGAUGCUGAGGCGCUCCGUCUGCGGUCUUUGUUUCAGGAUCGAUACAUCACGCCAGCAGGCAACUUGAUGUCGAAUACUCAAACAGGUAUCGCACUGGCGAUAUGCUUCUCCCUGUACCGUGACGGUGAGAAGGAAUCUCGAGAACUCAACGCUGCAGCAAAGGCUUUGUCUAAGUUAGUGCGAGCCGCUCAGUUCAAGAUCGGAACUGGAUUCGCGGGUACUCCACUCAUCACCCACGCACUCGCACAGACAGCGCAACCCCAGCUAGCAUACCGAAUGCUUUGUGAGAAGUCCUGCCCUAGUUGGAUGUACCCAGUUACGAUGGGCGCAACGACAAUCUGGGAACGUUGGAACAGCAUGUUGCCCGAUGGAAGCAUCAACCCAGGUCGCAUGACAAGCUUCAAUCACUAUGCUUUAGGUGCUGUGGCAGACUGGCUACAUGGAACUGUCGGUGGUAUUGCACCUAUGGCUUCUUCUCCUGGAUGGAAGGUCUUCCGUGUCAAACCAAUCCCGGGAGGGAGCCUGACUUGGGCUGAGACGAGCUUUGAUGGACCUUAUGGUAGAACUGAGUGCAAGUGGACGUGGACGCCAGACACUGGCUUAUUCAAGAUGUCUUUACUCGUUCCGCCUAACUCAUCUGCUCUUGUCACAUUGCCGUCCGAGCUAAGUGAUGAUCCAGCCCAGGCAUAUAAUGAUGAGCGAAUCAAGGGCAGAUUGGUUGGCUCAGGGCUACAUCAAUUUGAGUACCGUGAGCCUCGCAACAUUCUGAUAAAGCGCGACGAUGUCUCCAUCGGCGAUAAAUGGGCCAUAGCCGCUAUCAUAGACUGGGAGAUGGCUGUCUUCUGCCCUUUCGCAUAUGAGUACGGUCACAAAGACAAAGAGCUUGGAUCGGCCAAUUUGUCAUUCAGUUGGCAUACGCUGUUCGAAGAGCAGCCACGACAUCUGUUGUCAAGGGGCGAACCGGCUGUUAAGCUACUGGAGGCGCUCCGAGCAAUGGAUGUAUCAGACAAGAGUCGCAAGACGAAGAAUGUCGGCCGAAAUUUCCAGGCAAAAUGGCUACAGAGGGCAAAGGUAGAAUUAUCGCCGGAUGUGGAGAGCGGUUGGGUUCCCAAGGAGGGUAUAGAAAUUGGUAUUUUUACAAAGCAGGAUCGAGAGGAUCUUGAAAUGGAGGUUCUCGAGGAACUGGGAUAUAUUUGA